CUAGUCCACCAUCAUCCCCACGUUCUACUAGUUCCCGGAGUUUCACCACUGGCGAAUCCGAUAAAGGCGAGAGCGACGAUUCCCGUUUCUCUCAAGCGUCAGCGACAGGAACUGAAGAUGGUCCUACCGCAGCUCCAGACAGGACUUUACGCAUGCAUUUUCGCGUGAAGCUUGAUUUUCCUCGUUUUGCAGGUGAGGACCCCAUUGUCUGGCUUGACCGAGCUAAACAAUAUUUUGCAACUCAGGAAAUUCAGGGCAGGAAGAAGGUGCUGCUCGCUUCCUACCAUCUUGAGGGUGAAGCAAACCAAUGGUGGCAAUGGUAUAACCGGUCUCAUGACGGGAAGACUAUCUCGUGGCAUAAGUUACAGAGACAUGACUCUCUGGACAUCGAGUCCAGCUUGUUUCCAGGCCAUGACUCCAAGGGGGGGAAAAAGGCUGUGAAAUGGUCAGUGAUAUUGCAUCUAGCAUUCCAAAGUAUUGGCGUGGUGUACGGGGACAUUGGAACGUCUCCACUGUACGUGUAUGCGAGCACCUUCACAGAUGGCAUCAAGGACAACGAUGACAUCUUGGGAGUUCUUUCUCUCAUCUUUUAUACUCUCACCUUGAUUCCUCUCUUCAAAUAUGUCUUGAUUGUCUUACAGGCCAACGAUAAUGGCGAAGGAGGGACGUUUGCCUUGUACUCUCUCAUAUGCCGGUAUGCCAAGGUAAGUUUGAUACCCAAUCAGCAGGCCGAGGACGCUGACUUGUCAAAUUACCAGAUGGAGUUGCCAAACAAAGGUCUACAGAGGGCAUCGAGGCUCAAGUCCAGGCUAGAGAAGAGCAACUUUGCUAAGUACUUCCUCUUGUUUGCCUCAAUGCUUGGUACUUCCAUGGUGAUAGGGGACGGCGUUCUCACUCCCUGUAUUUCAGUUUUAUCGGCUGUUGAUGGGAUUAAGAUAAAGGCCCCACAUGCAAUGACAGAAGAUAGGAUUGUUUGGAUAUCAGCGGCGAUCUUGGUGCUACUAUUCAUGGUACAAAGAUUUGGAACAGACAAAGUGGGCUACAGCUUUGCUCCGAUCAUCUGCGUUUGGUUUGCCUUAAUCGGUGGCAUUGGCGUUUACAAUUUCAUCAUAUACGAUCCAACUGUUGCUAAAGCCAUAAAUCCAAAGUACAUCGUAGAUUAUUUUCGGAGGAAUAAAAAAGCUGCUUGGGUUUCCCUUGGUGGUAUUGUACUCGCUAUAACAGGAACUGAGGCAUUAUUUGCGGACGUUGGUCACUUUACAGUUCGUUCAAUUCAAAUAAGCAUGUGCUGUGUGACCUAUCCGGCUCUCGUAUUGGCAUACACUGGACAAGCCUCCUUCCUUAGAAAGCACAACGAACUUGUUGAACACACCUUUUACAAGUCUAUACCAGGGGAUUUGUUUUGGCCAAUGUUUUUGGUGGCCGUAAUGGCAUCAAUCAUAGCAAGUCAAGCCAUGAUUUCAGGAACUUUCUCUAUAAUCCAACAAUCCCUGUCACUAGGAUGUUUCCCUCGGGUGAAAGUGCUGCAUACCUCGGCUAAGUAUGAAGGACAAGUUUACAUACCUGAAAUCAAUUAUCUUCUUAUGGUGGCUUGUGUGGCAGUCACUUUAGGUUUCAGGACCACUGCUAAGAUUGGCAAUGCCUAUGGGAUAGCGGUGGUUUUUGUGAUGACCCUCACGUCGACCUUCCUAGUGCUAGUCAUGAUCAUAAUAUGGAAAACCCACAUCUCUCUCGUAAUUUUCUACAUUCUGAUUAUUGGCAGUGUAGAACUUCUCUAUCUAAGUUCAACUCUCUACAAAUUUAACCAAGGAGGAUAUCUUCCCCUAGCCUUUGCCGCAGUCCUAAUAGCUGUAAUGUAUGUCUGGAAUUAUGUCUUCCGAGCAAAGUACUAUUAUGAAUCUGAGCACAAAGUCUCUCCAGAGAAACUAAAGGAAAUAGCUGCUGGCAACAGCUUUUGUCGAAUCCCUGGGGUAGCCAUUUUCUACUCUGAGCUUGUUCAGGGCAUCCCACCAAUCUUCGAGCGCUACGUGGCGAACGUGCCAACUUUGCACUCAGUCCUAGUCUUCGUCUCCUUCAAAUCGCUUCCAAUAAGCAAGAUCCCAGUUGAAGAACGUUUUCUUUUUCGUCGAGUAGAGCCUAUGGAGCUUAAUGUCUUUAGAUGUGUCGUGAGAUAUGGAUACACCGAUGUGCACACUGAGGAGGAGCCCUUCGAGAAGCUCUUGAUGGAAAGGCUGAAGACGUUUAUUGAAGAAAAAAGGCAACAAGAUCAGGCAGUGGAGAGAGAGGUUGAGGCUGUCGACAAGGCAUGGCAUGCAGGUAUUGUUCACUUGAUUGGGGAGACUGAGGUGGUCGCCAGCAGGGGAGCCAGUGUAAUCAAAAGAGUUAUGGUAGAUUAUGCUUACGAUUUCAUGAAGAGAAAUUUGAGACAGAGUGCUAAAACGACGUUUGAUAUUCCUCACAAACGUAUGCUGAAAGUGGGCAUGACAUAUGAACUUUAG